AUGCUGCCCUCCAUGAAGUGGUUCACUUCGAGAACAAGCCCCGAGCCUGCACCACCUGCGGGCCCCCCUGCAACUAGAACUGGCCCCGCUACGGCUGCUGCAACUGCAAGUGCAACUACUGCUGGGGCCGGCGGUGGGCCCAAUUGUUAUCGCGCAUCGCCUUCUGCCUCUGACGCCCCGUCGUCCCAGUCGCCCGCUGCCGCUAACUCGCCUCUCUCCCUCAACCAUUCGUCCCGCUCGCCAUCUCCAACACCCCAGCCGGCGACGCCUAGCUCGCUCGUAUUUGGUCGCGACAGUAUUCCCUCCAAGUCCGCCACUUCCAGGCCCAUCAACAUCUCAACAUUGUCGGUGCACAUAUCCAAAUCCACUGAACCCACCGCGCACAAUCACCACACCCACGUCGCCACUGACCCCGACAACGCUGUCUUUGACCUUGAUCUUGUCGACACUGACCGCGCUGCCGCCGUUGUUGUCGAUACCGACGUCGACGUCGACAUGACCACUGGUCCCAACUUUGACUCGGCUAUGGGCCGCAGUCGCAACGACUCGUUUGUCAGCGCUGGCGCGAAGCCCAUCUCCAUGGCAAACCCAAAUCGUGACCAUGCUAAUCGCGGCCGGCGCGAGAGUUUGGCCGGCAGCAUGAUGGGCGGCAUGAGCUGGGGAGGCAUUUCCGUCGGGAGUUUUAUUAGGGAAGAUAUGAUGAUGACGGGAACUUCGCCAUACCUCAACCACCAGUCGCCGUCUUUCCACUCAUCAUCAUACAUCCCCAAGUUGGAGGCCAACUUCAUGCGCGACUUUACGUGCUGCGAGCGGACUUGGGCCACUCUCCACGAUCUCCUCCAGCACUACGAGGAGAAUCACCACGCCACAGCGACGCCCUCGUUCUCGAGGAACAUCGACUCUUUUGCCGCAAACCAAGGCAAUGCGCGCGGCUCAAGUAGUCGGGCCACCCCGUCUGCGCCGUCCGCCGGGAGGGCGCAACCGACGGCACAGUCACUGCAUGGGUAUCAGCAGCCGCGACAGACAGGCACAGCCGGUCGGAACGCGGGUGUCGGCGGGAUCGGGCAGAUGAUGCGACAGCAGCACCAGACAACGCCGUCCCUCCAAAAACCUAAUUCAACGUCGCACAUGAACGACGACAUGGAUGCUGUUGGCGACAUGGAGCUCGACGACGCCGUCGGCCCUAUGGAGAUGGACGAUAGUCAGCGCACUAUCCAGCAGACUCGCCAGCUUUUUGGCCAGCAGCAACGGCCGCAGCUGCAUCUGAACAGCGCUGGCCUUCCUCACCAGGCUCUCCGUACCUCGCAGCCCCCGACGCCUGCAGCCGCCAGCUUUGGCUUCCAAAACAACCCAACCGUCUCGUCAGUAAACACGCCGACCUUGACAACUCAGCAAGGGAUACCACAAAGGGGACAGUUCUCUCAAGACGAUGAAGAUGACGAGGAUGAUAUCCCUGGAAUGCCUAUGAAGAUGAACAUGGGGAACAUGAACCUCAACACGCAAUUAGGUGGGCUUGGAUUUGGUACAUUGGGGACGAUUGACGAUCCUGCCAAGCGGCUGUAUAGCCCUGGGGGCUCGACCCAGAUGACGAGUCAGCAGCGGGCUUGGGACCAGCAAGUGCAGAUGCAACAGCAGUUGCAGCAGCAGCUGACGGCCAUGAACUUGGAUUUGAGCCAGCUUCCCGCUGGCACAGAUCCGGCCAUGAUCCUGCAGCAAAUGAGUGCGAUGAUGAUGCCGCCCAGCGAAGAGCACAAGCCGUUCAGGUGUCCGGUCAUCGGCUGUGAAAAGGCCUACAAGAACCAAAACGGUCUCAAGUACCACAAGACCCACGGCCACUCAACCCAGCAGCUCCACGAAAAUGGCGAUGGGACCUUCUCAAUAGUCAACCCAGAGACUAGCGCGCCCUAUCCGGGAACUCUUGGGAUGGAGAAAGAAAAGCCUUUCAAAUGCGAAGUCUGCGGUAAGAGGUACAAGAACCUGAACGGGCUCAAAUACCACAAGCAGCAUUCUCCGAUGUGUGACCCCGAGAUGCGGGCCCAGCAUCAGAAUAUCCUGUCAACGAUGAUGUCGAACCCAUCAACCAUUCUUGCACUCCAGCAAGGCCUUCCAAAUAUCAAUGAGGAGAUGCAAUAG